CAGAGGUAGGUCAGGCUGAGCGGAGAGUCAGAGGGUUUAUUUAACUCGUCGCUCUGUCCUCCCCCACUUUCCCAACGCGCCACCAAAGAGGGUUGCCUUCUUUCUGCGAAGUGAUCACGGGGUGGAUGUCGCAGUGACUAACUUCACAAAAACAACCUUUACAUCAGAGUAGCUGUCAAGAAGGAGAGGAGAUUUUAUAUUUCAGCGCUUUUCAAGCAUUUUUGUGCAUUUUAAUAUUUUUUUUCCUCGCGGGAAAAUAAAUACGAAUUUAUCAGUGACUGAAUUGGAAAAGUACUUCGACUUUGACUGCGUGAUUGGAGUUAAAAGAAAUGGAGCGAAUUCCAAGCGCGCAACCGCCUCCCCUGUCCAAACACCAGGCUGAUCUGUCAGACGUGCAGGGGAUGGAUUACCCGAUGUAUGUUUAUAAACCCAGACGGGGAAUGAAGAGAGGAGAAGAGAGCAAGGAAACCUACAAGCUGCCUCACAGACUUAUUGAGAAGAAAAGGCGUGACCGGAUAAACGAGUGCAUCGCUCAGUUGAAAGAUUUACUGCCAGAGCACCUGAAACUCACGACUCUUGGCCACCUGGAGAAGGCCGUGGUUUUAGAGCUAACGCUCAAGCAUGUGAAAGCCCUCAACUCUCUCUUGGAGCAGCAGCAGCAAAAGAUCCUCGCCCUGCAGAAUGGCAUGCAAAUUGAGCAGCCUGCAGUCAGCCAGGAGAAGUCAGAAGAAAUGUUUCGCUCCGGCUUCCACAUGUGCGCAAAGGAGAUUCUUCAGUAUCUUGCUAGUCAUGAAAAUGAUGGAGACUUCUCACCAUCCCACAUCAUCAAUCACCUACAUAAGGUAGCUGCAGAGGUGCUGCAAGGCCCAGUCAGACCGCGCACUCCUCCAAGUCCACGUCCCGAGGAGAUACCCGCCUACCACCAGCACCAACCUCACAAGGAGACACCCACCAGCCUCCCACCCAAACCCAGCGAGGGCUAUGGGAGGAACUGCGUGCCUGUCAUCCAACGAGCCUACGCUCCACCCAGUGGUGAGCAGAGUGGCAGCGAUACAGACACGGACAGCGGCUAUGGAGGUGAACUUGAGAAGACUGACUCUGGAGCUCAGCAAGGUCGUCAAGAUUACUACGUGCAAGAAACCCAGCUGAAGCGAGCACUGAGCGAGAGGCAGGGCUCUAGCAUCAAGCGAGAGGAUGAGGAGAUGCGCCACAAACGACCACGGGUGGAGUCAUCAGAGGAUGAGCUUCUCUCAGGUGGAGAAUCAUCAUCAUCUUCGAGUGGCUAUAGUAGCUACAUGAGUGUAUCUCCCAACCAUCCACCCCCUCCUCCUCCACACCCACUCUGCAUGCCGUUCUACCUCAUUCCACCCUCAGCUGCAGCCUACCUGCCCAUGCUGGAGAAGUGCUGGUAUCCUGGAGCUGUGCCCAUGCUCUACCCAGGGAUGGGAGGCUCUGCAUCCGCCAUGCCCAGUGAAAGGCCACCUCCACCUCAGCUUGUGAUGUCUCCAAGAGGAGGCUCCCCUGCUCCAGCCAUAUCUCAGACUCCCAUGGACUCCCCCGCUCUCCUUCAGGCGCUAAAGCAGGUACCACCCCUCAACCUGGAAACCAAAGACUGAGAAAUAAAAGGACAGGGGUGAAGAGACAAACCUGUUUGAGCACCCAGGAACACAGACUGUUGUAGGAAGGAGAACCUGACUGAGCCUUUCCAUUAUCCCUCCUCAUUUCCGCCCUCUGUUCCUCACAACACAAGAGGACGUGUAGAAACUAUCCAGGCGAGGUGGAGUGGAGAGGAUGCAAAGCUCUGGUUGAAUGUUUAAAGUUCAGUUGUUUUAUUCAAUGCAAAUGUAUCAUACAGACUGGACCUGCCCUGCACAAACACAAACACAUACAUACGCACACAUAAAACACUUGGUUGAAUGUAAAGAAAGAUUUUAGAUGCUGCUGUUAAAGUUUAAAUGCCGAUGACACUGAUGCACUCACUUGUAGCUGUUGCAAGACACGCCAUCUUUGUACUUUUAAAAAAGUGUUGCACCAAAUGUUAGCGUUAAUAUUUCACUGCCUAUGUCCUAUAGGUAAACAUUAUCAUCACACCACACCAAUAACCAUAAGUUCAAGGGUUUCCUCAAGUGUGUACAGACAAGAGUAAAGGGUACACCCGAUGCACGAAUGAAAGAAUGGGCCGCCAUGUGACCACACUGAAUGAGAAGUCUUGUUUUUGACAAAAACAGACAGUCAGGAUGGAUUUUUUUCUGUAAUUAUUGUUCAUAGACCUCUUGUACAUUUCUAUUUUUGAUACCUGUUCUUGCAGUCUGUCCAUCCGGAGGAUAGAAAGUGGACAUAUGUACAUUGUGUACUCAGAAACUGUGUACAUAUACUGUAGCACUGUGCUGGACCUGGUCUGCAUACUCAUCAUGCAUCUUUUUCUGCUCAAGUCAAACCUGGUGUUUGUUCUUGCUGUUGCCUUUUACUUGUGAAAAGCUGAUAAAUCUCAGAUGUUUAUUCUCUGUACUGCGUAUGAAUACUGGAGUCAAAGGAGCGAGGUGGAGAGAAGUGAAUGUAAAACGUUUUACCAGAAGACUAGUUUUCUAUAGAAAGAGGUACUUGAGAUUUUAUAUUUUGGGACCUACAUGAAAGAUGUUUGAUGUACAUAUUUUGUCUAUAAAUGUUGAUAUACAUUAUAUAAGUGUAAUAAUAAAGUAUUUUUUUUCCUGUGGAAAAUGACUUU